GUCUUUGGACCGUUCAGACCCUCGCCCUCCCUGGUUGCCGCCGCCUACUCUUCACUGGCCGGCUCUCACGAUGUUCUGGCAAUGCCGUUUGGUCCGUCUUAGUCUUACGACUGUCAACUUCUCAACUCUACGAAUUCCGUCCUGAACCCCUAAACCCCCACAAACAUGCCCCGACGCCCUAUUCGCAUCGGCACCUUCUCAGCGGCCCUCAACAAUAAAUCCGACCAACUCCACCGCCUAGUAAAAGAAGGCAACGUCGACGCCAUCGCCAUCGCCUACCUCACGAAAUCCACCCUCGCCUCGAAAGCCACCCAGCUCCAAACCCGCCCCGACCUCGGCUACGACCCAAACUUCCUCGAGCAGCUGGCCUGGAACAACGGCGCCACCGCCCAUCUCAUCGCCCAAACCCGCAUCAAAAUAGUCCACGACGGCGGUGCCCUCAACCCCCGCCGUCUCGCCGAGAAAGCAGACGCCUAUUUCAAGAGUCUGGGAAUACAGAACGUCAACGUCGCAUGGGUCGAAGGCGACAACGUCACGGACCAAGUCCGCUCGGGGGGCUUCCCUGCCGACCGGCCGGGCCUUGAGCUCUCCCCUUCAUCGCACAGCCGGGUCCUUUUGGCGAAUGUGUGUACCGGGCAGGCGGGCAUCGUGCGUGCUCUAGAGGCCGGAGCGGAUGUCGUGGUGUGUGGUCGCUGCGCCGACGCCUCUUCCGUAUUGGGGCUCGCGUCGUGGUGGCAGGGCUGGGACGCGAGGGAUCAUGACCGGCUCGCCGGGGUUGCGAUGGCGGGUCGUCUCAUCGAGAGCCAGCCGUACGGGCGUCGUCUCACGGGCGGGAACCACGUCGCGCACAUGCAGGGCACGGUGCCGGAGUUGGGGUUCCCUGUGGUGGAAAUCGGUCACGACGGCGAUGUGGUGGUCACCAAGGUCGGCGGGUCGCGGGGUGUCGUCACGGUUGAUUCGUGCAAGGCGCGGCUCCUGUCCGAGAUCCGGGGUCCCUUUUACGUGAACCCGGACGUGGUAGCCGAUAACCGCCGGGCGAAGCUGGAGCAGAUCGAUCGGGACCGCGUCCGCCUCUCCGGAGUCAAGGGGCUUCCCCCCUCUCCGAGGGUGGAGGUUCCCCUCCGGGUGCAGUUUACCGGGGGGCAGGUCGUCGAUGUUCCGGCAAAGGAGGCAAGGGACUGUGCAGAGGUCCCCGCGCGGCCAGAUUACGAACCACGUCGCGCGGCGACCUACGGUAUGCUGGGCAGAAUUUUCCCUCCCGGGACGAUAAGGCGGCCGCUUGGUCAUUUGGCUCUGGCCACGGCCACUGCCGGGGGUAUGGGAGGAAACGAUAUCGAUGCGAGCGUGGGGCUCUGGGUCGGCGAUGAGAGGGCUUGGGAGUGGCUGCGUGGGAUUAUGAGCAGCGCGAGGUUGAGGGAGUUGCUUGGGGACGGAUGGGAUGAGAGGUUUGCGGUGGAGAGAUGUGAGUUUCCCAACUUAUGGGCUGUACACUUUGUUAUCAGGGAAUCAGGCCAGAAUGGCGCGAACAAGAGCAGCAGCCAGUUGACCGGGUUUGAGCAACGUGUAAGUGAGAUGCUCAGGGGGAGGGUUGUGGAGAUGCCUGCGGAGCUGGUGCAAGCGGAGGUGCGAAGGAGGAAGGCCAUGGCCAACGCUGGACGGUCUAAUCUGUAAGAAACUAAGAACUCGUAGACGUAGACAUUUAGAACUCUUAGAGUGCCGUG